GAAAGAAAUGGGGUCAGACUAGCGACCCUGCUACUCAAAUUCCCGGCCCAAAGCGUAUCCCUGGCCGCUGUUCCCGGAGGAGGGCGGGCGAGACUCCCGCUUGAUGCUCUACGGCGAACCUGACGGCGGGGGCGCAGGUCCCGGACAGUGAGCGUUCGCGUUCCGAAAGCGCUUGUCCCUCGCGGCGCCCCGUCGCCCCGCCGCCGCCGCGACUCGCGGAGCCGGAGGAGGCGGAGCAGGCGCUGUCCCGGCUCUUGAGCGGGGUAGCUGCUGAGGAGCUAGAGUUGGGAAGACAUCACUGAUUAUGUCUCUGGUCAGUGAAGAAUUCCCAGAAGAGGUUCCUCCCCGGGCAGAAGAAAUCACCAUUCCAGCUGAUGUCACCCCUGAGAGAGUUCCAACGCACAUUGUAGAUUACUCAGAAGCAGAACAGAGUGAUGAACAACUUCAUCAAGAAAUAUCACAGGCUAAUGUUAUCUGCAUAGUUUAUGCUGUUAACAACAAGCAUUCUAUUGAUAAGGUAACAAGUCGAUGGAUUCCUCUCAUAAAUGAAAGAACAGACAAAGACAGCAGGCUGCCUUUGAUAUUGGUUGGGAACAAAUCUGAUCUGGUGGAAUACAGUAGUAUGGAGACCAUCCUUCCUAUUAUGAACCAGUACACAGAAAUAGAAACCUGUGUGGAGUGUUCAGCAAAAAAUCUGAAGAACAUAUCAGAGCUCUUCUAUUAUGCACAGAAAGCUGUUCUUCAUCCUACAGGGCCCCUGUACUGCCCAGAGGAGAAAGAGAUGAAACCAGCCUGUAUAAAAGCCCUUACUCGUAUAUUUAAAAUAUCUGAUCAGGAUAAUGAUGGUACUCUCAAUGAUGCUGAACUCAACUUCUUUCAGAGAAUUUGUUUCAACACUCCGUUAGCUCCUCAAGCUCUAGAAGAUGUCAAAAAUGUAGUCAGAAAACAUAUAAGUGAUGGUGUGGCUGAUAGUGGAUUGACACUGAAAGGUUUUCUUUUUUUACACACACUUUUUAUUCAGAGAGGGAGACAUGAAACUACUUGGACUGUGCUUCGACGAUUUGGUUAUGCUGACGAUCUGGAUUUGACACCUGAAUAUUUAUUUCCCUUGCUAAAAAUACCUCCUGAUUGCACUACUGAAUUAAAUCAUCACGCAUAUUUGUUUCUCCAAAGUACUUUUGACAAGCAUGAUUUGGAUAGAGACUGUGCUUUGUCACCUGAUGAGCUUAAAGACUUGUUUAAAGUUUUCCCUUACAUACCUUGGGGGCCAGAUGUGAAUAACACAGUUUGUACAAAUGAAAAAGGCUGGAUAACCUACCAGGGAUUCCUUUCCCAGUGGACGCUCACGACCUAUUUAGAUGUGCAGCGGUGCCUGGAGUAUUUGGGUUAUCUAGGCUAUUCAAUAUUGACUGAGCAAGAGUCUCAAGCUUCAGCCAUCACAGUAACAAGAGAUAAAAAGAUAGACCUUCAGAAAAAACAGACUCAAAGAAAUGUGUUCAGAUGUAAUGUAAUUGGGAUGAAAAACUGUGGGAAAAGUGGAGUUCUUCAGUCUCUUCUUGGAAGAAACUUAAUGAGGCAGAGGAAAAUUCGUGAUGACCAUAAAUCAUACUAUGCGAUUAACACUGUUUAUGUAUAUGGACAAGAGAAAUACUUGUUGUUGCAUGAUAUCUCAGAAUCGGAAUUCCUAACUGAGGCUGAGAUCCUUUGUGAUGUUGUGUGCCUGGUAUAUGAUGUCAGUAACCCUAAAUCCUUUGAAUACUGUGCCAGGAUUUUUAAGCAACACUUUAUGGACAGCAGAAUACCUUGCUUAAUCGUAGCUGCAAAGUCAGACCUGCAUGAAGUCAAACAAGAAUAUAGCAUUUCACCUACUGAUUUCUGCAGGAAACACAAAAUGCCUCCACCACAAGCCUUCACUUGCAAUACUGCUGAUGCACCCAGUAAAGAUAUCUUUGUUAAAUUGACCACAAUGGCCAUGUACCCAGAGGAUCAUUACAGAGACAGACUCUCCCGAGACAUGGGCAACACUGAUAGAAUAGAGAAUUUGAGAAAAAUCUGGGUCUUUCUAAAAACUGCUUUCCAUGCCCGGUUACGCUGUAUGUGCACCUGCAACAGGUGUACAUUUUGCAUCUGUCAGAACUUCCUCAACUCAGACUUGCUGCAAUCUGUAAAGAACAAAAUCUUCACUGCAGUUCUUAACAGGCACGUGACACAAGCUGACCUCAAGAGCUCCACGUUUUGGCUUCGAGCAAGUUUUGGUGCUACUGUUUUUGCAGUUUUGGGCUUUGCUAUGUACAAAGCAUUAUUGAAACAACGAUGAUUUAAAAAAAAAAUACUGGCCCUACCAAAAACAAAUACUUUUAUGUACAUUCUGAAUGCUUUAAAUUCCGCUAGAAAUAUUGAGAUAUUUAUACAUGCAGAGUUACUUUGUUAAUAUUUGUAAUUCAUGCAUAAGAGUAUUUUAAUGAUAGUUAUAACUGCAGUAUUGGCUAGCAUAUGGAAGGAAACAGCUUAACAGCCAAACUAAAAUGACUAACUUUCAGAGGCCAAAAGGGAAUAUUUUGUAAAUAAUGUACAUAUUCAGACAAGAUAUGGUCUCCCAGACUCUGUUCAAGAAAUGAUGUUUCUAGACGUUUCUACAUGGUAUUAUUAGUGCUCAAUUGGCUCACUCUCCUAGGUUUAAGUCAGCUCAGAGACUUUAUUUACUCAUUGAUCACUUAUUUAUUUCACAUUUACUCAGAAUGAUCUUUGGGUACUUUAAGUACACGAGGCACAAUUUGCCUUUUUCUCUCCGUUUUUAAAAAUGUGACUUUCUUUCAGUCCCAUCCUUCGUGGUAGGCCAGCCUUGAAGCCAUCGUGCAGUCUAGAAAGUUGUAUAGCUGAGUGUGAUGCUCUCCUUUAACGAAGGAGUAAGCUCAAGGCGAUUAGCA